AGAGGGGGCGCAGGAAGGUGGCUCCUGGGCCGGCGGCGGGGACCCUGCGCUCACUGCCCGUGUCCCCGCGCGUCCCGCGUGGCAGCCAGGUGUGGGCUGAGCCUGCUCCUCCCCGGAGGAGCCGCAGGACCUACGGGCACUUCAGGGACCUGGGGGUUGAGGACCUGCACCCCGAUCUCGUGGCUGCAGCCCCCCUUGUGUCCACCCACCUGGCUGCCCGCGACCCUCCCGUGGUUAGGGAUGAGGCUGCCGGAGGCUGACCCCGAAGGUGGGGCCUCCCGCCUCCCGGGGCCGCCGCUGGCGGAGCGCGCAGACUGCCCUCCCGUCCGCCCCCCGUGAGGACCCCCCUCCGUCGCCGGGCCUUGCUCAGCAGGUCCAGGCGUCACACCUCCAUCUGCCGGGAGAUGGCAGCCCCGGGGGACAGGCAGGAGCCCCCUCGCAUCCCGCCCCCUGUCACUCUCAGGCCACCAGGGACGCCUGGAACCCACCACCAGGAGGCGCCGCCUCACUUCCACAGCCACCGGCACGAUCCUGAGGUGCUCUCGCAGCCCCCGUGCGAGAAGGAUCUGGUGGACCUGCAUGUCCAAGACGUGGAGGAGGUCCAGGCGGGCAGGGACGCCUGCUGGCCAGAUUCGGAGUCGGAGCCCGAGCAGGCGCUAAGGUCUCCCCUGCGGACGGGGUCUCCCCUGCGGACGGGGUCUCCCCUGCCGGACCCUGCAGACGGGGCGGACCAGGGCGGGGCGCUGAGGGCCCUGUUGAGGGGCCUCCCCUGCAGACCCCCGUGUGCGGACAGCUUUGCGCAGGCGCCGGGCCUGGAGCAGCCGGCGGGCCAGCCGCCCGGGCCCAGGUCCUGCUCCCAGAAGAGGGGCGCCGGCCGCAGGACGCUCGUGCCGCCGGGCGCCGUGGGCACCGAGGGCGGCCCGGAGCUGGGGGACUCGGGCCGCGGGGGGCGGCACCGGUGCGAGGCCUGCGGCAAGAGCUUCAGGUACCAGUCGCUCCUGCUGAAGCACCAGCGCAUCCACACGGGCGAGCGGCCCUACGCCUGCCCCGAGUGCGGCAAGCGCUUCCGCGGCUGGUCCGGCUUCAUCCAGCACCGCCGCCUGCACACGGGCGAGCGGCCCUACGAGUGCGGCCAGUGCGGCCGCGCCUUCAGCCACAGCUCGCACUUCACGCAGCACCUGCGCGUGCACAACGGCGAGAAGCCCUACGAGUGCGGCGAGUGCGGCCAGGCCUUCAGCCAGAGCUCCAACCUGGCGCGGCACCGGCGGCUGCACACGGGCGAGCGGCCCUACGCCUGCGGCCAGUGCGGCAAGGCCUUCGUCUGGAGCUCCGUGCUGACCGAGCACCAGCGCAUCCACACGGGCGAGAAGCCCUACGAGUGCGGCGCCUGCGGCAAGGCCUUCCGCGGCCGCUCGCACUUCUUCCGGCACCUGCGGACGCACACGGGCGAGCGGCCCUUCGCCUGCGGCGCCUGCGGCAAGGCCUUCGGCCAGAGCUCGCAGCUCAUCCAGCACCAGCGCGUGCACUCGCGCGAGUAGCGCCGGGCUGGGCCUCGAGCGGGAGGGGGCAGGGGCUGCAGCCUUCGCUCCCUUCCCAGCUGGCACCGCACGGGGCGUCCCGAAUAAAUUCCUUUUCAUUGGGAAA